CCGCGUUUCCUGUAGACAAGGUGGUGAAUGCACUCCUGGCACUGGCUGAUGCUAUAGGUCAUUCAGGAGGAUCUGGCAAAUACAGCUCUGAAUAAUCUGCGACAGGAAUGCCUCUGUACCUCCACGUGGGACUGAAUCUGCUCGUCCUUUUUUCUGCGUCCGCAUCUUUGUCCAGCCCCUAUGACGUAAGAAUGAUUGCGGUGGACCUGAACUACACCCUGCAGUGGGCCUGGAGCGACUCACAACUCAAUGACUCUGUCAACUUCACCGCUGCUUAUGCCUUCUGGAACAUUAAAGACGACGAGGGAUCGUAUAAGCAGGCGUGUGCUGGUUCUGGAGAACACUGGUGUGAUUUCACCCACUGCAAGCUACACUUCAAGGGAAGCUUCCAGACAAGGGUGAGGGCCGAAGCUGCAGGCAGGCAUUCAAAUUGGACUCACCUGAGAUUCACGCCGGACGAGCAUGUGCUGCUAGGGCCACCCAGUGAAGUGAACAUGCAGGGAGAUGUAGAAAUGGUAAUCCUAAAUAUCUCCAAGUCGGUCAUGAACUCCUUGAUGAAGGUGCAAUAUGAAGUGCAGUACUGGGAACAACAGCAACCUGACCAGAAACAUCUGAAGAUCUACAAUGACCCAUAUGCUCCACUGACCUCACUGAAACCUUGGACAGAGUACUGUCUACAAGUCCGUGUUUUUAACAAGGACUACAGCAAAAAUAGCAGUUUCACAUCUCCACGGUGUGUUUCUACAACAGGUCGACGUUUAGUCUGGCUGAAAGUGCUCACUGCGCUGUGCUGUAUCUUACUGUUAGGAGCUGUAGUAUACAUGUGCUGCAGACUCAGAAGAAAGAUCUCAGUAUACCAAACCCCCAACAGCAUUCUAUGUCUUCCAUUAGACCACCCACCUCUCCUAGAAGCUCAGGAACUAAGAUGUUCCAUAGUAUUUGUGUCCGCACCCACCCCACGGCUAGAGUCUCCACAGCUCCUCCUGCAGGAGCAGGAUGGCACAGGCGAGUUCCAGGCAGUGUCCUGCCAGGGGAGCAAUGGUUCUGAGCAGGACUCUGGCAUUGGCUCUGGAGAGGAAAGCUGAAGAAGAACUACUGGCCUUCAUAUGAUCUUCUGAAAGGUUGAAACAGGGAAACUUAACAUACAUUUAUAUCAAG